GCUCGGGAUCACCGGAUAACCGGAGAGCCCCGAGGAGCCGAGCGGGUCAGUGUCCCCCGCCUGCGCCGGGAAGGAGGGCGGCCGACCUGGAACAUGAAGAGCUGAGAGGGAAGAGGCCAUCUGAACACAGGAAGGCUCCAGCCUGGGUGAGGGAGAGCAUUCUAGGUCAGUCAGGACUGUGUGAAGGAGGAAAUGCAUAAUUUUGAGGAAGAACUAACAUGCUCCAUUUGCUAUAGUAUAUUUGAAGAUCCUCGAGUAUUACCAUGCUCCCAUACGUUUUGCAGAAAUUGUCUGGAAAAUGUUCUUCAGGCAUCUGGUAACUUUUACAUGUGGAGACCCAUAAGAAUUCCUCUGAAGUGUCCUAAUUGCAGAAGUACAGUCGAAAUCCCACCUCCUGGUAUUGAAUCGUUACCUAUCAAUUUUGCCCUGAGAGCUAUAAUUGAAAAAUACCAGCAAGAAGAUCACCCAGAUGUCGUUACCUGUCCUGAACACUCGAGCCAGCCGCUCAAUGUUUACUGCCUGUUAGACCACCAGCUGGUGUGUGGCCACUGCCUUACGAUAGGCCAGCACCACGGUCACCCCAUAGAUGACCUGCUAAGUGCCUAUGUGAAAGAGAAGGACACUCCCCCAAAGCUUCUCGAGCAGUUAACUGACAAUCACUGGAAAGAUGUUUGUCUGCUGAUUGAGAAGUUAGAGGAACAGAAAUCUCAUUUAGAGGAAAUUGUCCAAAGUGAUAAAGAAGUUGUCCUCCAUUAUUUUAAGAAGCUUAAUGAUAUAUUGGACCUGAAAAAAGAUGCUUUUCUAUCUGCCUUGCAUGAUGUUAAGACCGCGAUUGAUGAAGAAUACUCUCCACAAAUUGAAAGAAUGAAAGAAAUAAGAGAACAGCAGCUUGAAUUGAUGUCAUUGACUACAUCUUUGGGAGAAGAGGAAUCGCCCCUUAAAUUCCUGGAAAAAGUCCAUAAUGUUCGUCAGCGGGUACAGGCCUUGAAACAAAGAAAACUCCCUCACAUGAAGCCUCUUGAAAUUUAUCCACGGAUUGGCCAGGUGUUGAAGGAAGAAUGGUCAAAAACGGAAAUUGGUCGAAUAAAAAAAAUUAUGGUUCCAGAAAUAAAGCUUUCCCCCCAAAGGACACUAUGUGACCCAGCCAACAAAGAGGAGAGGAAAGCGGAGUUUUUGAAGAUUUUAAGCAUUUUUAUAUUGACAAUUUUUUCAGGGAUGUUGAUGUUAAUAUUUUUGUUUAAUGAACAUAUGCUGCCCAUUUUAAAUGACAUGAGUUCAGUGUAUUUCUCAGAAGUUUCUCAGUCUCUGUAUCACACUUUGUCUAGCAACAUGUAUACAGUUAAGGAAACAGUAUGCCACACUUAUCAUAUGCUGAAGGGAUUGAUAUGGGACAGCCUUUCUUGUUGUUUCUGAGAAUUCAGAUCUGAAUUAAUUAUGUUUGCCUCUCUCUAGCCAGUUCUUAAUUAGCUGUGUGAAGUAGGAGUGGGGACAGUGUGAUAAAAAGCUCAGCCUUUUGCCAGGGCUCCCAAAAUGGCAGUGUCACCUUUAUUGCCUUGUCAAGGCUUGAUGAGUCAUGUUUUGGGAGGAGUGAAACAAAGGAGGGAGGAGGAGAAUGCUCCAGGAUCAACUCUUGAGUUACUCAAAAGUUGACUGUACUUUUUCAUUAUUUUGAGUCAAGAUUAUUCAAAAUUUAUUCUUCCAUUUUGGCUAAUAAAGAUUGGCUUUUAUAA